CUUUUGUAACAAUGCAAGCAGCGUGGCGAGCUUGAAGUACCAGUGACGUGGUCGCAGGUGGGUGGUCGUUAUAAGGGUUUAUUGAUUGGAUUGUCGCAAUCUGAUAAGUUCUUAUUCGAUCACUGUUAUUGUUGCCCAUACAAUUAAAUGAUUUCCCCUCCACAACAUCACAACGGCAUUGUCAGGCGCAAAACAUUGUUCAACAUCUUUAUGCCUUACGUAUAGAUUGUUUCGACACAAAAAGAACCUUUGAGCUCUUGGACUUGACAACGAACAAUCCUUCUAUUUUUCCGGCAUCGACGACAAUACAAAUGACGGCCAGGGACCCAUGUGCAGCGACAUCUUGUGACAACUCUGAAGUUGGAUAAAGAUUUAGUAGUCAUGGCGAACGUUCAACGAAGCAACUAUCUCCCCUACAUUCAACAACACCUCGACCGUCAAGGCGAACCAGAUGGAGUAUGUUUGGAGAUCGCAUGUGGAAUUUGCCAGGAGCGAAAACUCGACAUUUCACAGAGCGCGAGAGGAUACACUUCGUUGGAUAGCCCCAUGACACAGCAAUUUGGGCCAUACCAACACCUUCACAACUACAUUAAACAUGGCAUUGAGCGAACCGUCGCACUUCCGUGCGGCCACGUUUUCGGCGACCGGUGUAUCAGAGACCUCCAAACACGCGACAUAGACCUUUCAUGUCCGUCAUGCGGUUACCGGAUGACUUACCAAGGGUGCAAUCACCCCAUCGCUCCAGCCGGGAUCCCACUUGACGGCAACAAACCCAUAAGGGACACCUUUCCCCUAACAAUACCCGAGGGCGGAGACGAUCCCAAGCAAUGUCUCGAGUGUAGAUGGAAGAUGAUUAAGGCCAGUACAAGAUACACCGUCGCAGACGAGUGCGUCUUAUGCCGACAGCGAGUCCUGGCCAAUGUGCCAUUGGACGCGUCGGGACAUCGCGUCCAUCGGGAACAACACCUUAACUUCGGGCUGCGACGUAAUUUCAGCGAUAUUGUCACACAAGUCUGGCCUGAAUUUAUCACGCGCGAAACGGAAGAAUCGGCGAUCAAGACACAAGCGGAAAGCGAGCGACGUCAAGCCCACGUGUCAUUACUCAACACCAUAGUUUUAUCAGAGAUGGAUGACACCGUCUGGUACCGAAGCAAGGCGAUUAAGGGUAGCCUUCUUACUAAGGAACAGUCGAGGAAGCACACACGGGGACUGGCGAAUCUUGAACAGACGCUACUAAGUUGGUUGAUGUGCGCUUCAAGGGAACCGCGGCGGAUGUGGUAGAUUUUUUGAAAUUAAAUGGCGAUACUGGUUAUUGUUUCGGGAUAUGGCGUUUAGCAUCUAAUGAUUAGUUUAAUGUUUGCGGGUUGUAGAUAUAUUGUAGCAGUGUACAGAGACGAGAUAACGAUAGCUUCAAAAAAUAAAAUAAAAAAUGGAAAACAAUCUAGCAAUCAGCUUCUAAGUGAACUAUCCGCUGCUGAGAAAAUAUGAUGUAAAGCUAACUUCUACAUCAAGUAAGUGACCCGGUUGUAUACCGCGGCAACUCAAACCAGCCCCAGCCCUACGUGCCCACUUUCACU